GGCCCCCCCAUAAAUAUUACAGUCUACCCGCGGGCCCCCCGACCCACCUACUUGGGCCGGCGCGGACCCCCAUGGGCGGGUUUUGGCAGGCCUUACCUACGCGACAAAGUACGCCGGCCCUCCGUUCCCCGUCACCAACAACAGCACCGGCAUACCCCCGAGCACCACCUGUCGCGGUAACAACUGCAACAUGGUCGGCCUCUCGAGAUGCCAAGAGCCGUUCAACAGUAGCAGCAACCACCCAGAGUGCUGCAACUUCCGCCGCGCAAACGUCCCAGAGUCGAAUUACCAGUUGGGCGCACAACACGUCUUCAACCACCCUCAACACAGCCACGCCAACGUGGUCCCGCUCGCGCUGCUGGGGAGGUGGCCGGCGUUGGUCGAGUGUCCCGGCUGCACGGGGGUGGCGCCGACGAGCACAAAGCACGUUGCUGGGAAGGGGUCACACUGGAUGGCUACCAUGUUCUUAUUCACGACCGGCAUCCUUACCUUCGUCCCUUACGUCACACCUGCAAUGAAGGAUGUCGAGCAUCACUGCCUCCGUUGCGGGCGACACCUGGCCACGAACAGAUUUGGGGGUGGGACGCAGGCAAAGCUGAUGUGAGCGGUGGGCGUUUGGUGUCACCGCACAGUCGCCGGAAAUGCAGGAUCGUAAACCAUGGCUGGGUAAAUGGUGUUUUAGUCACUUUGUGCUUUGCAAGUUGCGAGUUUUUUUUUCACCGAAGAAUAUCUGAUGUCUCUGGGAUGAGCUUGUUGUGUUCAUUUCAUAAUCAUGAC